AUGAGUAGUAUGAUGAUAAACCCCUCGAUUGCCAUGGCUCAACAGCGUUCCUCGAAGCAGUUUUACUCAACACCGCCCAUGUUCAUCGUGUCUAUCGGCCAACUGGUUCCAUUGCGCCACUAUCUGAGAAAAAUAUACCAUUCGGGCUACCAUCCGGCCUCGCAGUGGACAAUGUCGGGGUUCGAGGUAUUUGGACUCAUUACGGGUAUCAUCGGCCUCAUCGAAACCCUCGGCACGGUGUACAAAUCCGUCAAGGACCUCAACGGUCUCCCCGAAACGUUCCAGGAAGUAGUACAUCGUAUUCCACUCCUCGAGCAAACGCUACAAGCCGCCAGGGCCCAUACGAAUGAUGUAGAGUCCGACAAAGAAGCCGAGGCCCUAUGCACCGUCUUGAAGAACUGCGAGAAGAAAACUAAGCAACUGCUAGAAAUCUUGGAAGAAAUCAACAAGAACAAGGAUAAGUCGGCCAGGGCUAUUUACCAGAGGCUGGUACUUCAGCUGGGCAAGGCAAGCCGGGUCGAGACCUUGCUGGACAAUAUCCUAAAGGACCUGCAGGUCUUAGCAGCACACAGGGCGUUUAAGGCAGCACUUGAGACACAAGCUGAAGCCUUGGAUGAAGGCCGAAAGAAGCUGGAGCAAGUGGCCCGAGAGAAACCAUCGGUUCCUGACUCUAUGUUCGAGGAGCCAUCCGGCACUACCAACAUCAACUACGGCAGAGAUCAGAUUACCAAUACGGUGAGAGGCACGCAGAACAAUGUCAAGGGCCAUCAAUUUAAUGCCAAUGGUAAUCAGAGCUUUGGUAGGAUCCCCGAGGCUCCAACCCAGGAGCCUUCCGAGUCUCCCAAGUCUUCCGAGGUGCUAAUAAUCAUGGUGAAUUUCCAGGAUGCCAUAGCUCAUACACCCAGAGCUGGCACUGUUGGUGAUAUGUGGUCCACUGUUGCAGUUGUACUGAAGCUCGUUGCUAAUAUUCGAGCUUUGAGGACCAAGUCCAUGGUUGUUGAUGGAGGCGUUCGAAGGCAUGGUCGUCGCGCGUUCACUAGUGCAACGGUCCAAGCUGAGGAUCUUGACAACUGGCUAGGCGACUACUACGAGCAUCUAAAAGCUAAAGAAGGAAGAGAAAACAAAACAAGAAAAGGAGAGUUCCACGCAGCUUAUCUCACGUCUUGA